AUGAACGGCGGUUAUUUGGGAGAGUUCCGCGCGGUGACCGAGGCGGGCCGCGCGGGGAACGCGCUGAGCGCUGCGAGCUGCGACCCGCGAUACCGUGCCAGUCUACUAGAGGCUCUGCACAACAGCGGCUUCUUAUUCAUCCCGCGCUUAUUGACGCCGGUCUUUUCAAACAACAGAUCUCUAUACUUAAUCAACAACAAAACUGGAAUUCUUAUAGCGGACCAGCGUAAAGAUGAAUACCACGAAAAAAAU